GUUUACCUUCUCUAGUUAUUUCGCACGGUCACACUGCAAACAUUGCAAAUAUUUUAGGAAAACGAUUUCGUUCCAAUUUUAAGCUGCUGCAACAGAAAUACAGCGCAAAUGGUAAGCGUGGCGGUGGAGACAAAGAAAGGAACACCUGCCCGAUUGGAAAAGCAGCCGACGGCCAUUUUUUGCUAGCUGAGACGUGACUGUUGGCCAGAGCAGAGGAAGUGCACCGCACACUCAUAAUCAUCAGUCAAACCCACAUCCUGGUCACACAUAAACACACGCACACAUCGAGAGCGAGAUGUCCGAGAAGAACCUGAAAGUGGGCGCCCGCGUCGAGCUGACCGGCAAGGAUCUGCUCGGCACGGUGGCCUACGUGGGCAUGACCAGCUUCGCCGUCGGCAAGUGGGUGGGCGUCGUGCUGGACGAACCAAAGGGCAAGAACAGCGGCUCCAUCAAGGGCCAGCAGUACUUCCAGUGCGAGGAGAACUGCGGCAUGUUCGUGCGUCCCACGCAGCUGCGUUUGCUGGAGGUGGCUCCUGGCAGCAAGCGCAGCAUCGACGACGUCAGCGGUGCCACGCCCACGGCUGCCCAACCCACAAAGGCGCGGCUGAGCAGCUCUCGCACCUCGCUCUCCUCCAGUCGCCAAUCACUGUUGGGUUCCCGUACCCAGUUAACUACAUCUCUGAGUGAACGCACUGGCUCCAGCAGCAGCAUUGGUCCUCGGAAAUCCCUGCUCCCCCAAAAUAGCAAGGAUAAGGAAGCCUCAAGCACUUCAUUGGCUGAGGGAGCAGCAGCACCAACCGGUGGCAACGGAGCCGGUUCGCAUGCCUCUUCCAAGCGGGCUUCAUUCGUCGAGACGGGCUUCCUAGAGAUUCUCAAGCCGCAGUUUACGCCCUCGCAGCCACUGCGUUCGCCUUCCUUCACCAUGCCCCUUAAUUCUGGCUCUGAUGAUAAGACCGCCCUCUUGGAGGCGCAGAAAACGAGCGCUGAAUUACAGGCCCAGCUGGCCGAUCUCACCGAAAAGCUGGAAACCUUGAAGCAAAGAAGAAAUGAGGAUAAGGAGAGGCUGCGGGAGUUCGACAAGAUGAAGAUUCAGUUCGAACAGUUGCAAGAGUUUCGCACAAAGAUCAUGGCCGCACAGGCUUCACUACAAAAGGAACUGCAACGUGCCAAGCAGGAGGCCAAAGAUGCGGUAGAGGCCAAGGAGCAGCAUGCCCAGGAAAUGGCAGAUCUAUCGGACAACGUGGAGAUGAUCACCCUGGAUAAGGAGAUGGCUGAAGAGAAGGCCGACACGCUGCAGCUGGAGCUGGAGUCUUCUAAGGAGCGUAUUGAAGAGCUACAGGUUGAUCUGGAACUGCUGCGCUCUGAGAUGCAGAACAAGGCCGAGUCCGCCAUCGGCAAUAUCUCAGGCGACGGCGAUUCACCCGGACUCUCCACCUACGAAUUUAAGCAGCUGGAGCAGCAGAACAUUCGUUUAAAGGAAACGCUAGUGCGCCUGAGGGAUCUCUCUGCUCAUGAUAAGCAUGACAUUCAGAAAUUGAGCAAGGAGUUGGAUAUGAAGCGCUCCGAAGUCGCCGAAUUGGAGCGCACUAAGGAGAAGCUGAGCUCCAAGAUUGAUGAAAUGGAGGCCAUAGUGGCCGACUUGCAGGAACAAGUCGAUGCUGCACUAGGAGCCGAAGAAAUGGUGGAACAGCUGGCCGAGAAGAAAAUGGAGCUGGAAGAUAAGGUAAAGUUGCUCGAGGAAGAGAUCGCCCAAUUGGAAGCUCUGGAGGAGGUUCACGAACAGCUGGUGGAGAGCAAUCAUGAACUGGAGCUGGAUCUGCGCGAGGAACUGGAUCUGGCCAAUGGAGCCAAGAAGGAGGUGCUGCGCGAGCGAGAUGCGGCUAUCGAGACCAUAUACGAUCGCGAUCAGACCAUCACAAAGUUUAGGGAACUGGUGCAAAAGCUGAACGACCAACUUACCGAUUUGCGAGAUCGCAAUUCCAGCAACGAAAAGGAGUCGUUGCAGGACCCCAGCUUGAAACUGGCCACCGAAACUAUCGACUACAAGCAGAUGUUCGCCGAGUCAAAGGCCUACACACGCGCCAUCGACGUUCAACUGCGACAAAUCGAGCUCAGUCAGGCCAACGAGCAUGUCCAGAUGCUGACCGCCUUCAUGCCAGAAUCAUUCAUGAGUCGCGGCGGCGAUCACGACUCCAUCCUGGUGGUGCUGCUCAUUUCACGCAUUGUCUUCAAAUGCGGCAUUGUGGUUUCGCAGACAAGGGAACGUUUCCCAGCCGUGGAGGCGAUCACCAGGGAGGCAGUCACCCAGGGCCAUGCCGUCCAGCAGUAUGCCUUCAAGUGCCGCCUGCUGCACUACGUCCACAGCCUGCAAUGUGCCCUGCACCAGAUCCUCUACGGACUCAAUAGCUGCCAACCGGAUACGCUCCUGAGAGCCGGAAGCUCCCUUCCCGAAAUGGUGGCUCAAGAAAAGAUUGUGGAUGGCAUCAUCGAACUGCUGAAAUCCAACCAGCUGGACGAGAACAGCACCACGGAUAAUAUUGAGAAAUGUGUGGCCUUCUUUAAUGCCAUGAACUCUGUUUUGCUAGCCGGCGAGCAGCUCCUGAACGAGAUUCAAAUGAUCCGCGACUGCGUGGCUUCCUUGGGAGCAGCUUGUGAGAGCAUUCUCAGCGAUACGGCCAUCGCCAAGGUGAUUAUCCAGGAGGCUGGUGCCACCAGCGACUCGGUGCUGUUGAUCCAGUUCCUGAACGAGAACAUGGAGAGUGUGCGGCAGCAAGUGAAGCUGAUCAAGCGCCGUUUACCCAGCGACCAACACGUGAUCAAGAGCGGUCUCUCGCAGCACAAAGUGGAGGCCAUGCGUGGUCUCGCCCAAAACAUCAGUCGCAUCAUGUCGGCGAUGCACCAGGCGACUAAGCAAUCACUGGCCGCCAUUGUCACCACCAUCGAGAGCGACAAUGCAGCAGAGCACACGCUGCCCCAGGAGAAAUACUGGGCCCUUCUGUCCGCAUCCUGCGAGCGCAUCUACGAGCAGGAUGACCGCGGACCAACGCACAACUUUAAGGCCUUGCUGGCACAAGCUAACUCCGACUUGCAGCACAUUGCCCAGCACCUGCUGGACAAGGAGUACGAGAUUAUUUCGGCCGCCAACAAUGCUGGUGGUCAACAGAAAUCGGGUGCCCACAGCACGCCCAUCACUCAGCGGGCGCAGUUGAUCAAGAAACAGCUGGAGCAGAAGAACGUGCUGGCCGCCACGCUGGAGAAUCGCGAGGCGGACGUCAAACAGCUGAAGCUGGCCGCCAAGAUGAAGCAGAACGAGCUAAGUGAGAUGCAGAUCCGCAAGGACCUCGCCGAGAAGAAGCUGAGCGUUCUGCAAAACGAAUACGAGCACGCGGUGGACAAGUGGAAAAUGCAGUACGAGGACACGCGCCAGCAGCUGCAGCUCAAGGAGAAGGAGUUCGAGGAGACGAUGGAUCAUCUGCAGAACGAUAUAGAUGCCCUGGAGAGCGAGAAGAGCGAUCUGCGCGACAAGUUGAAGCUGAACUCGAACACGGGCAAGGUACAGUCCGGCUCAGAUUCCCACUCCCCGCACAAUCUUUCGGCCGCUGGCUCCACGUCCAGUGCACCAGGCAUCAUUAAUGUCUCCUACUCUGCGCCCGCGGGCACUGCUCCAGUGGUGGCCGAGGAGGUGCAGCUGCUGAAGAACGCCUUCAACCAGGAGCGCAACGAGCGACUGCGUCUGCAGGCUCAGGAUAUGCGUGCCAAGCUGUCGCAGUUUGAACCCCUGCAUGUGCCGCAGCCACAGGAUCAGCGCAUCACCGCCUUGGAGUCGGAGCUGACUAGGAUGAAGCACGCCUGGGUAUUGUCCCUGCUUCAGGUGCGCUCCCAGGACUCGGUGAAUGCGGGAACACGCAUCAACACGGUGGCAAUGCAAAGGCGCCAUCAGCCCGUUCCGCUCAAGGGUGAGAUCAGUUCGAGGGCCUCCCAGCUGGCCUCCGACAUCCUAACGGAGUAUCUGCAUCGGAAGCCACAUCGCGCGGAUCACGGUCAGUUCGCCUCUUUUCCCACCGUCGAUGUGAAGCGUGUGCUGCAGAUAUGAAUCGGGUUUAUCAUGGUAAUCGGAUCGGGGCCAGGGGCAAUCUGAAUAGCAUAUAGUUUUAUUUGUACUGCUAGCACAAUUUCGGAUCGGGGACAUUCUUUCCUCGCACAAGCAGCUUCCCUCUAAACCCAAAAUCGCAACUCCUCAAGACUCCCCGCUCCUGUGAUGAGACCUAAACAUGAUAGCUAAACAAAAAGCAACUAAGAAAUUAUAAUUCUACACUUAAUUUAUGUUUUUUGUAUAAAGAUUAUAUAUUGUAAUACUAACUUUGUGUUUAACUCCAAAAAAGCCUGUUCUGAAACUAAACUCAAGCGAACUAAUACCGGUAUUAUCUAUCAAAUAUGUGGCAGGAGAUAAACUAUGUGAAAGACACAACUAAACCAGAGAAACAAAUCUAAUUUGCAUAAAUGAGAAUAAUGAAUACAUUAUACAUAUAUAAAGUAAAUAUAUUUUGCUGAUGUUGUAUAACUUAA